GAGAGAGAGAUUGAGUGAGAAGCUUGAGUGAGAGACAAAUGAAGCAAGGUGCAAGUUGGAAGACACAGCAACAGGCGGCAGAGAAAUGGAAGUAUUUUCUUUCAUUCAAGUUGACGAUGGAUAAUUAGUUGGACUAAUUUCAUUCUCUUUGAUGAAGGGGAUAAUUACUGGAAACUGCAAACAUCGCUGCUGCUAUUAUUGUUGUUAUUACUGUAGUGACUGGUACAGCCCGUACUAGUAGCUGUGGUGGCAUGUUGUCUAUUAUGGUUUAUUACUGUGCAUGCCGGCUGCUCCACGCUCCGCUGGCUGGCCUCGUGUUACUCACUUAGAAAGUUCCGUAAAGUGUUUGCUUUUUUCCGAUCUGACACAGUAUCAAAUCUUCACUGGUAACUAAACUCAAGGCCAGUAGCUUUAUUUAUACACACAUAUACAUUCCAAAGACACACUCACACACACACGCACACAUAUAUACGUAUUUAUAUAUAUUUAUAUAUGUAUACAUUCACAUACAGAUAUUGUUUACGUUUGUUACGGUGACGUGGUAUCAUUGCACAUUUAUUUUGUUAUUCUGAUUACUUUCACGUGUUUUUGUUUCUUCUUCGUUUAUUGACUCGAAUGCGCGCACCUGUGUGUGCCUAUGUGUGUAUGUAUGCAUGCAUGUCUGUUUGUGUGUGAAUGUGUGUGCGUGUGAUCGUAUUUUGUAGGGUAUUGUAAGCAUGCUAAUAUAGUUUCAUGUUUUUGAGUAAAAUGUUUUACAAGUGCACAAACAGCCCCACGAGUCGUAGGCAGAAAUAUACCUGGUUAUUAUAAAAAAUAUAUCUAACUGAAUGCAGGUAUUAGCUUUCGAGGAAGACAAAAAGGGACUUGUAUAAUUAGAUACGAAUCCAUACAUGUUUUUACACACGUACAAAUAUUUACACAAAUAUAUGUUAUUGGUAGUUCCUUUGUCACACUUUAGAUAAAUCGCUUUGCUAAACUAUAAAUAAAUUAAUUUCUCCACUUUGAGUACGUAGGGUGUAAACAUCCAAAUACACAACGGCUAAGUUCUAAACACCUAUUUUCACACCCUUCUCUCUCUUGCUAACUCUCUAUCUCCCCCCUCUCUCCUUCCCUCUCUCUCUCCUUCUUCCCCAUCUCUCUCUCUUUCUCUCUUUCGCUCGCUCUCUAUAUAUUUAUACAUACAUAUAUACAUACACAUAUACAUGUUUAUAUUCCAUUCUAUAUUAUACAUCGAAAUUAAUAUAUCUCUAAGAAGUUAAUUCUACACCUCCUCUCACUUCCUUAUACACCCACUCAUAUUUAUAUAUGUGUGUGUGUGUGUGUGUUUGUUUGUGAAAUAUGAAAGAUAGGUUGAGAUAGAUCCAGCAAACCUAAGCUUAUACGUGUUUUCUGUAUACAUGCAUGUAUGUGUAAAUUUAAUUUCUAAACAUUCUCCACCAUACUUCACCCCGUUCCAUAAGGAAAUUCUUCAAAAUCGGUAACUGAUUGUAGUUACUUGAUAUUUUUAUAGAUUUUUGAAUAAUGAGUACCCAACCGAGUGAAGCACAUAACUAGGAUUAUAUCCAAAACAAAGAAGAAACGAAAAAAAAAAACAAACAAAGAAAACAGAAAGGAAACUAGAAUCGUUUGUAAAUGUUACUGUGGUUGUUCUAUUUCUAAACCCGAAAUGAUCAUUUCAUUUCAGCCGAAGAAGCGGAAUAUUUAUUUAAUUAUGAAACCUUUGUGUUUAUUUUUUUUUACCUUGUUUCAUACUCUUUGUUUCUUAAACGGAUUAGAAGUUAAUAAUAACAAUAAUAAUAAUAAUAAUAACAAUAAUAAUUUAAGUAAUAUUAAUCUCAACAAAAGCAAAAAUAACAACGAUAAUAAUGAUAAUAAUAACACGGAAAAAAUCUUGAGGAUAUCGGUUAUUUUGCCAGAGAACAAUUGGUAUUCUUAUUCUAUUUCGAGGACGCGUCCAGCACUGGAGUAUGCCGUAGAAUCUGUCAAAUAUCGAUACAAUCUGCUACCAAAUUAUAGGAUUGAACUUUACUAUAAUGAUUCUCAAUGUUCCGACAUUUUGGCUCCCUUGGCCGCCAUUGACAUGCGUAAAUUGGCCCAUGUAUUCAUUGGGCCCGUUUGUGAGUACAGUAUUGCACCAAUUGCCAGAUUUUCCCCUUACUGGGGAAUUCCUGUGUUGAGUGCUGGGGCAAUGGUAAAUGCUUUCAGAAAUAAGACUAACUACGGGCUGUUGACACGAGUUCAUGGAACGUUUUAUAAAGCCGGCGAGUUUUUCUUGAGAAUGUGUUUGCAUUUUAAUUGGACGAAAAUUGGUUUGAUGUAUGAACAAUAUGAAGACGAUUCGAAAGGGAUGUCGCGUUGUUAUUUCACCUUAGAAGGCAUAUUUAAAAAUUGGAAUUCCUACUAUAACACAGAAGUUUGGAAUAUAAAAGUUUAUGACACUAUCGAGGAUUUCACCGAGCAUCUUAUAAAAGCGUCAUUGGAGGCUAGAAUCAUUGUUUUAUGUGCAUCACCCGAUACAGUGCGAGACAUAAUGAUCAAAGCAGCUGAACUGAAUUUUCAUAACGGAGAAUAUGUUUUCUUCAAUAUCGAUCUGUUCCGAAGCAAGGCGGCAUCGGAGAAACCAUGGUACCGUGAAAAUGCUACAGACAACGAUAUUGCAAAGAAAGCAUUCGAAGCUUUGAUGACCGUAACUUUAAGAAAACCGGACAGCGCUGCCUAUAAGAUGUUCUCUCGGAAGGUAAAGGAAAGAGCGCAGAUGAACGGCAGCAAUUUUACAUAUGGGGAAGAAGAGGUAAACAGCUUUGUUGGAGCAUUCCACGACGCGGUGAUACUUUAUGCUAAAGCUUUAAACGAAACAUUGGAAGCCAAUGGAUCGAUCAGUGACGGAAAGGCUAUUACAGAGCGUAUGUGGAAUCGAACAUUCGAAGGUAUCACAGGAAAUGUAAGCAUUGAUGAGAACGGGGACAGGAAUGCAGAUUACUCUCUUCUUGAUAUGACCGACCCACUGUCUGGUCGUUUUGAGGUUGUCGCAAACUACUAUGGAAGAACAAAAAUGUAUGAACCUGUUCAGAAUAAAAGGAUUCAUUGGCCAGGUGGUCGGCAAGAAGCACCGCCAGAUACACCGAAAUGUGGCUUUGAUGGUUCUAAAUGCCCCCCAGAACAGCCAUUCCCACUCUACGCUAUUGUAAUCUCUGUACUCGGGACACUUCUUGUUAUGGUUGCUAUUUUGGCCGUUAUCUCACACAGGCGCAUUAACCUGAAAGCUGAACUAGAGGCAAUGACUUGGCGGGUUAAAUGGGAAGACAUUACAUUUGGAACGAGAAAACAUAAACGAUUAGAUAAAAGUGGCAGCCGAAUGAGCUUAAAUCGGUGUGGCUCUACAACCAGCUCGAUAUCUGGAGAUACAAUUGCAGCACAUCUAAGUGAUAUGGGAAGCAAGCAGAUGUUUAUUCGGACAGGAUAUUAUAAAGGUUCCAUUGUGGCAAUAAAGAAAAUCAACAAGUCCUAUGUAACUGUAAGCAAACCUCUCCUCAUGGAAAUUAAACAUAUGAAAGAUUUAUCCAGCGACUAUAUUGUUCGGUUUAUCGGAAGCUGUAUCGACCCACCAAAUAUGUGUUUAUUAACAGAAUAUUGUCCCAAGGGAAGUUUACAGGAUGUUUUAGAAAACGAGGAAAUGAAGCUGGACACAAUGUUUCGCUAUUCUUUGAUGCAAGAUAUUGUCAGGGGCAUGGCCUACCUCCAAAACAGUGAGAUCAAGAGUCAUGGUAACUUGAAGAGUUCCAACUGUGUCAUCGACAGCAGAUUUGUGUUGAAAGUCACUGAUUUUGGCCUUCACUCGCUGCGAGGACAUGAUUAUACUGCUGAAACGGACACCUAUGCUUAUUACAAUAGACUACUGUGGACAGCUCCAGAAUUAUUGAGGAUGCAAAAUCGACCAUUCGGAGGCUCAGCCAAGGGUGAUGUCUACAGCUGGAGCAUUAUAUGUCAAGAAAUCAUCUAUAGAAAUGGUGUCUUUCACUUUCAUCCAAACCGCAAUGAAAUGAGUCCCCGAGAGAUCUACCAAAAAGUGGUAAAUGGGGUGAGACCAUAUUUUAGGCCAGGUCUGGAGAACUGUGACUGUCCAUCUGAUGAACUGGCCAACAUAAUCCGCAAAGGUUGGUCUGAAGAUCCAGCAGAGCGACCAGAUUUCCAUGCAUUAAAGGGGAUGCUCAGAAGACUGAACAAAGAUGGUGAUAACAUUUUGGACAACCUACUAUCGCGUAUGGAACAAUACGCUAACAAUCUGGAAACAUUAGUAGAGGAAAGAACUGCUGAUUAUCUUGAACAGAAGAAAAAAGCUGAAGACCUUUUAUAUAACAUGCUUCCAAAGUAUGUAGCAACUCAACUAAUUAAAGGUGAAGCAGUAACAGCAAAAUCUUACGAAAGUGUAUCAAUCUACUUCAGUGACAUUUGUGGUUUUACAGCAAUGUCAGCAGAGAGCACACCUCAUCAGGUUGUGGAUCUCCUAAAUGAUCUUUACACAACAUUUGAUUCAAUAAUUGAAAACUAUGAUGUAUAUAAGGUGGAAACCAUUGGUGAUGCAUACAUGGUUGUAUCUGGUGUUCCUAUAUUGAAUGGUAACCUCCACUGUAGAGAAAUAGCCAGGAUGUCUCUUGCCUUGCUGAAGGCUGUCAAAACAUUCCGCAUUCGACAUCGACCAACUGAACAAUUAAAGCUUAGAAUAGGCAUUCACACAGGUCCUGUUUGUGCUGGGGUUGUUGGAUUAAAAAUGCCCAGAUAUUGUUUGUUUGGAGACACUGUUAACACAGCAUCAAGGAUGGAAUCUCAUGGCCAUCCUUUGAAAAUUCAUGUAAGCCCUCAGUCAAAAGCGAUUCUUGAUAAGUUCCAGACCUUCAUACUUGAAUGCCGAGGACCUGUAGAAAUGAAGGGCAAAGGAAAGAUAAUUACAUAUUGGCUUCUAGGAGAAGACCCAGGGUCUGAAGGCAUUAUGAAUCAAAGUUCAGAACAGAUAUCACAACUACAGAUAUCACAACCAAAUUCCCAAAGCUGAAAAUCCUGGAAACUCACCUUCAACAACCAAAGCAUCAUUAAAUCCACAAAUUUAGACAACAAGACAUGAACACCCACCAGAACUUUCUCUUACAUUUCUCUUGCUAAAUAUUUUCAUUGAACAUGUUGGAAAAAAAAAAGUCUAACAAGAAAUAAUUAUUAUUAUUGAUUACAAACAAAAGGAAGAUAGGCCAAAGUAAAAUGUUUGAAUCACUCUGGACAAUAACAGUAAGCGAAAACAGAAGGAAAAAAAUAUAUAGAAUAAAGACAGACAAAA